ACAGCAGAAGACUGCAGUGGAACCUUCCCUGCAGUAGGAGGAAAGUGCUGACUUUAACCAAUUUCUGCGGUCACGCCUUCCUCUUCUUUCCUUUCUCCCUCUCAUUCAUUCACUGUCGCCACAGCACUGAUCAGCACAGACACAGAAGCUGCCUCCAAGGGACCAAAGGGAAUAACCGCGGUUCUGAGGCCCGUGACAAACACUCAUCGUUGUGUGGGGCUCUAGUGCAGUCCGUUCGUGCCAAUAUUUUAUAAGCGACGUUUUCAAACUAUGUGAAGAUCUGUUUUUUGUUCGUUUGUUUGUUUUUUUGACGGAGUCUAGCCCUGUCGCCAGGGCUGGAGUGCAGUGCCGCUGUCUCGGCUCACUGCAAGCUCCGCCUCCCGGGUUCACGCGAUUCUCCUGCCUCAGCCUCCUGAGUAGCUGGGUUACAGACCCCCAUCGCUACACCCAGCUGAUUUUUUGUAUCUUUAGUAGAGACGGGGUUUCACUAUGUUGGACAGAUUCGUCUCGAACUCCUGACAUCAGGUGAUCUGCCUGCCUCAGCCUCCCAAAGUGCUGGGAUUACAGGAGUGAGCCACCACUCCCAGCUGAAGAUCCAUUUUAAGAAGAUUUAUUCCUCUAUGAUGGAGAAGUAUGAAAAAAUUGGGAAAAUUGGAGAAGGAUCCUAUGGAGUUGUUUUCAAAUGUAGAAACAGGGACACGGGUCAGAUUGUGGCCAUCAAGAAGUUUCUGGAAUCAGAAGACGACCCUGUCAUAAAGAAAAUCGCCCUUCGGGAAAUCCGAAUGCUCAAGCAACUCAAGCAUCCCAACCUUGUCAACCUCCUGGAAGUCUUCAGGAGGAAACGGAGGCUUCACCUGGUGUUUGAAUAUUGUGACCACACAGUUCUCCAUGAGUUGGACAGAUACCAAAGAGGGGUACCAGAACAUCUCGUGAAGAGCAUAACUUGGCAGACACUGCAAGCUGUAAAUUUUUGCCAUAAACACAAUUGCAUACAUAGAGAUGUGAAGCCAGAAAAUAUCCUCAUCACAAAACAUUCCGUGAUUAAGCUUUGUGACUUUGGAUUUGCUCGGCUUUUGACUGGACCGAGUGACUACUAUACAGACUACGUGGCUACCAGGUGGUACCGCUCCCCUGAGCUGCUGGUGGGGGACAGGCAGUACGGCCCCCCAGUGGAUGUCUGGGCAAUUGGCUGUGUCUUUGCUGAGCUGCUGUCAGGAGUGCCUCUGUGGCCAGGAAAAUCGGAUGUGGAUCAACUCUAUCUGAUUAGGAAGACCUUGGGGGAUCUCAUUCCUAGGCACCAGCAAGUGUUUAGCACGAAUCAGUACUUCAGUGGAGUGAAAAUUCCAGACCCUGAAGAUACGGAACCACUUGAAUUGAAAUUGCCAAACAUCUCUUAUCCUGCUCUGGGGCUCCUAAAGGGCUGUCUCCACAUGGACCCUACUGAGAGACUGACAUGUGAACAGCUGUUGCAUCACCCAUAUUUUGAAAACAUCAGAGAAACAGAGGAUGUGGCAAAAGAACAUGACAAACCAACAAGGAAGACCCUAAGAAAGAGCCGAAAGCACCACUGCUUUACAGAAACAACCAAGUUGCAGUACCUACCCCAGCUAACUGGCAGCAGCAUCCUUCCAGCUUUGGACAAUAAGAAGUACUACUGUAAUACCAAGAAACUUAACUACCAUUUUCCAGACAUUUAAAGGAGCUAGGAGACAUGAUUUUAAAAAAGGAAUCAAUAGAUACUUUGAAGAAAAUAAAACUUAUACAGUUGAUCAAAAACAAUUACAAUGUUGAAAACACACCAGGAGAAAACAUAAGCAAGAAACUGGGAGGCCAAUUGGCAAGAUAUGAAGGGAAAUUCCAGAUCCAGUCUUCCAUGCUUGAUGAUGGUGUCCAGAAAAGAAAGCAAAAACCUGUUUGGAGUUGCACUUGUAUUUCAGUUCAUGUAAGCAGCUGAGCUUAUGGACAGAAUAUGAACUGUCCCAUACCUCUGGCAAAAUUAGAUGAUACCAAAAAGAUUUAUGCUUCAGUUGUACCACAUGCCACACAAGAAAAAUGGACUACAAAAUGCCCAUAUAUAUUUCCUCGGAUCUGUUGCCUGGAGUCCUAUCUCCUGUCUCUCAGAUUGUUUCAGCGUCAUAUUUAAGGAAAGUUCUAUUUUUUUUUUUUUUU